GGGCAGCUUUGGCCACUGGGACAUGCACCUUCCCUGCAUCUGGGAAACCUCUCAGGCGGAAAGGGAGGUGCCUGCUAGCUUCGGCACCAUGGUAGUGGACGUGGCACGGCAUCCAGAAGUUGCCACGCACGAGUUUUGUUUUGUAGGACACACGCUGGAUGGAGAUGGAGGAGAAUGCGCUGAGAUCAUUGGUUGUGCCAACUUGAAGGUGCAGGAUGCACAAUUGAUGAUGGCUAUGGAGACGACCCGGGAUUCUACCAAGGGUCAUGCCACCCUGGUGGGUGAAGCAGAGCAAAGUGGAGGCACAUUGGCAGAUCGGAGGGCAGCGGGAGAUUACUUCCAGGCACUGGCAGGCAGUGGACAGAAGGCUCCCCAUGUCACUGAAAAAGCUGCCUCAGAUCGCAAAACCAUCAAGGCGGUCAGACCCUUGGUCCCCGUCCGGAAUAGGAGGGAAUUAUGUGAGUGGCAGGUAGCCACCGACGUAUCCUUUGCCACCCCGACUGUGGGAGACCAGCUGACGCUGGCCAGAGCCCUCAGGGAAGGGAUCUUUGAAGACUUCCACCUGGAAGUUUAUGGAAUCCCCUCCCCCCCAACAGAAGACUCGGAUAAGACCAUCCAGGAACUCGCCACAGCCAAGUCCUUUGAGCCAAUCCUCGUAAAACUAGAAGAAAAAGCAAGACUGAAUGAGGGCCUGGUGUGGAGAGCAUGGAACACUGUGACCGCCUUGCCGUACAGCACACUUGCAGGCAAGUGGUGCCUGGAGGAGGUCAUGAUUGAUUCGUUGGCCUCGAUCAUCACAUCCCAUAUCCUCUCCUCAGAACAUUCCCUGGAGGAUGAAGCUUUGGUGCUCCAGGUGGAGAGGGAGGACGACGAUGGGAGCAUGGGGGAGGACGACGACGACGACGGGCCGAUUGACAUCUUCUUCCCGGAUAGCGAUGGGAUAGGCACCACCCAAAGGACCGAGUGUAGUAUAGGGGAAUACAGCCUAGGAUCUGCAUCUGAAAAAAGGACCAACGAGGACUGCAGAGGAACCGGAGCUGACAAUGUGGGGACCACGGCAGCAGCCGAUUAAAGACCCCAACAUCCCACCCAAUUGAAUUCUGCACCACAACGACCGCCGCUCCCCCCUACAAAAAAAAAAUAAAAAAUAAAAAAAAAUCAAGCAAUCAAAAAGUC